UUUAGCUGUGAUCAGAACUGUGUUAAUCGGCCAACAAAAUGGCUGGCUCCCUUAUUGCCAGCAAUUUCGAGAAAUUUGCCGCCAUUUUUUCACCCUCGUUAACUGGUGGCGCCAUGAACCUAGUCUUCCGACCCACUACGAUCCCGGAAGUCAGCGGAACUGUACUGACACUCAACGAUAUCACGGUGGAAAAUGUUAUCGCUUACCUCAAGUCCCUUGUGCUAACUACGAAGCAAGAACAUCCAGUAUUCGAUGUGUUACCAGAGGAGGUGAAACCCGACGAAGUCAAAAAUAGCACUUACAUUAUUGAACUUAUAAUACUCGGAGUCGCCUUCGUGUUGACCCUCGGUUUGUGGAUUGGAACCCUUGUAAUUCCCUGUAUGUUUUGCUGUUCAAAGAAAAAGAAAGAUUCUGGCGGCAACUCAUCAAAAGGAUGUUUGAUUGCGAUGGGAGUCAUAACGGGCGUUUUGGUGAUAUUUCUGGCGCUAUGCCUGCCACUCGUAUACGUUUCCAUCAGUUCGCUUGUGGCCGGAAUCGAUGGAAAAGCGAAAGAGGGUGAAAGCUCAGGACUGAAAAACACGGUUCACGUAGUCGUCAAUGAAACCUCCCUGUUCUUGAAAGACAUCCCAGUUAGGGGUCGGAGGGUGACAACCGACUUACUCGUCUAUUUGCAAACUGAUCUGACGCGAAGUCUGUCAAAACUAGUAAAGGACAUCCUAAAAGAACUGCUCGUUCGUUACAAUGUGCGUAAACUUAUGGACGAGGCAACAACAUUAUCCAGUGGUGUCAGCAGAUUGCAAACAUUGAUAGACUUCGUCAAAAGUACAAAAACUGAAAUUGUCAACGGAAUUAAGGAGCUUAAGAAAAAGAUGGAUCUCCUUCAGAAGAAGUUACAAACUGAUAUGGAACAACUAUGUGGGCACUUACAAACCCCACAAAGAGACCAAUGUAAUAAGUUGUUGGAAAAAAUUAAAGCAAUGAAGUUGGACUUCAACGAAACGCAUAUCACCCUCAGUGAUGACCUAAUUCAGAUAAUCUCCACGUUCGGUACCAACUUGACAGCCGUGUUGAACAAGCUCACAAACCUGGAGACCAAAUUAGAUGAACAAAUUGAAAGCACAAUUUCGCAAAUUGAAAGCAGUUUCAACCUCACCCAAGAACUGCAACCGAUGCUUCAGCUGUGGGAUAAUCUCGGGACUGAAGUGAGCGAUCCCGUCAUCCAACAGCUUAAUGAAAUAGAGCCCACGGUUGACGAGGCACUGACAACGGCUGCCAAGUUUACAAAAAUUGGAGGCUUCAUCAUCUUGGUCUUGUUCACAGUUGUGCUCAUUAUCAUACUCGUCUUUGGCAUUAUCGCUGCCGUUCAGGCUGCGAAAGACUCCCACGGACCAAAGUGCUGCCUCUGCUGUGGACUAAUUCUCCCAGUGGUAUUCUGCUUCCUAAUCCCGCUGUUGGUCCUGAUCUGCGGAGUGUUCGUUCUCUUAUCGGGGAUAAUCACGAACGAGGGAUGCCGUUAUGUUGGCAAUCCUUCUGGAGUAGUCGUAACCGAUGGAAUACUAAACCUUUAUCUCAAAUUCCUUUGGCCUCAAUUGUUGUCAGACAAAUUUGUGGAUCCAUCGAUUUCAGUCAUGUUGGACAUCCCAGUACCAGAAGAUGUGUUAGACGGUAUUUUGAUGAAGUGCAAAUCCUCAGAAACACGGGAUCCCGGGUUGCUCCCUUCACUUGGAGUGGAUCACUUUCUAAAUGCAACAGCUGUGACCGAGCAACCGGAAUAUAAAAAAGCAAUAACGGAUGCAGAGGAAGUUUUAGUUACAAAAAUACGUGACUUUGAUUUUACCUCGCUGUUGCCGAACAACUUGGAUGAAAUUGGCAAACCCAUUAAGGACUUGGAAAGAAUAUUAGGUUCAACAACAUAUGAGAAAUUACAAGACAAAGAACAACUCGAGGCGCCUAUUCGCGAAGUGUACAAGUCAGCCGUUGAUGAAACCACCAAUAUUUUGAUCACUUUACUGGAAAAAUCUUCCAGUGGUUACGCCAGGAAUGUCCUCAAGUGUGGAAACAUCAAUGCGAUUGUGACAUCUGUGAUCGGAGCCACAUGUGUCAGCGAUGGGCUUAUAAAUCGCCUUGGUGGAUUCUUUUUCAUGAUGUUGUUAUAUCUUUGCCCACUUCUGUUGACUGUACUUUUUUACCAGAUUUUCCUGCGACAGAGUGCGAAAUCAUGACCACCGCGACCAUGUUGAAUUAACCGACCCUGACCAACGUGAGACUGGAAGAAACGGCUUCAUUCACUCAUGAAUUUAACACAACUAACGCCAAACAAAAUCUUCAAAGCCAUCACGAGAUUCGACAAACAACUAUUCUUGCAUUAACCACCCUUUUAACCUGUAUUAGAAUGUCAUUUUUUAAUGAAGAUCUACAGCUCACAAAUUUGAACGUUGCAACUCCUUUCUUCUUUGAACCAAGAACAUGUUUAAUUUUAUCUGAGCUUUUAUCACGCAGGUGAAUUUAUUCCACACCGAAGAGCGGAGAAACAGUGUACACCUGCUCUAUCCUCAAUCCUCAUUGGGAUCAGCAUAAUUAUAUUCC